CUGUCUCCCUCUCCUUCUCUCUCCCCCUCUCUCUCUCUCCAUCUGUCUCUCUCUCUCUCUCUCUCUCUCCACCUCUCUCCAUAUCUGACGGCUUGAAUCUUUCAGGGCACAGGAGGGGAGUACAUGAAGCUUCAGCAACAGAUCAUGCUCUCUCGACAAGAAGACAUGCUCCAGAACAGCACAGCACCAUCACCUGACAAGUGAUUGUUUUCCACACUGUCAUCUCUCCUUGCUCCAGAUAUUUUACAGGCUUGUGCAGCCAGACAGUUUUGCCACCUGAUCAGAGACCUGUGGACUAACCUCAAGAAGAAGAAGAAGAGGGAAGAGGAAACGGUCGGGCGAGAAACGCAAACAUCUGACUACAAACGCACCUUACCCAACAGAGACUGGUAGAAGUCAGACAUUCUGGGUAACUUUAUCCUACCUACCCACGCCUGAGAGGGAAUACACAGCAGACAGCAUUGGGGACAAUUCUGUUGGAAACAAGGAAUAACAAGAAAUCAAGGGUUUUUUUUCAGCUUUUUUUUUCUUUCUCAGUGUUUUUUAUUUUGAGGUUGUUUUGUUGUUUUUGUUUAUUUUGGUCGGCCGGCGGCGGUGUUUGUUUUCUCGGUGGUGCGGUGCCCGUGAAAGGCUGCCAAGACGCCGCGUGCCGUGCUCCGCGUGAAGAAUGCCCAGGCGAGGUUGGCCAAGCCGGCGGAGCCGGCGCCCACUCCGGGGCUCUACAUGGAGCGCUCGCAGAGCCGCAUCAGCCUGUCGGCCUCCUUCGAGGCCCUGGCCAUCUACUUCCCCUGCAUGAACUCCUUUGAUGAGGACGACGCGGAUCCAGAGGGUCGCAGGUUAAAGGGGAUCCAGCGCAGCACGGAGACGGGGCUGGCCGUGGAGAUGCCAAGCAGGACUGUACGUCAGGCGAGCCAUGAGUCCAUCGAGGACAGCAUGAACAGCUACGGAUCAGAGGGAAAUCUUAAUUACUCCGGCGUGUGCCUGGCCUCUGAUAACCAGUUCAGUGACUUCCUGGACGGCAUGGGUCCUGCCCAGUUUGUGGGCCGACAGACUCUGGCAACAACCUCGAUGGGGGAUGUGGAGGUAGGGCUGGCGGAGAGGAACGGGCAGCUGGAGGUGGAGAUCAUUCAGGCCAGAGGCUUGACCAUGAAGCCAGGAUCCAAAGGGCCCCCAGCGGCCUACAUAAAAGUGUACCUACUUGAAAAUGGUGUCUGUGUAGCCAAAAAGAAGACCAAGUCAGUGAGGAAGUCCCUUGACCCUCUCUACAACCAGGUCCUGGUCUUCUCCGAGAGCCCCCAGGGAAAGGUUGUACAGGUUAUCGUCUGGGGCAACUAUGGCCGAAUGGACCGCAAAUGUUUCAUGGGCGUGGCUCGCAUCCUGUUGGAGGAGCUGGAUCUGACAACGAUGGUGAUUGGCUGGUACAAGCUGUUCCCCACCUCCUCCAUGGUGGACCCGAUGAUGGCGCCGCUGAUUCGCCACUCGUCGCAGCUCUCGCUGGAGAGCACCGUCGGACCUUGCUGUGACCGCUCCUAAGAGUGAUGAUGGCGUCCCACUCUGGCUUUUUCACUGCAACGCUCCCCCGCACCCCCAUCACACCCCCACCCCUCUUUUGCGGGCCUGUGGGGUGUCUCACCUUCAGAGGAAGCAGCACCGCAGUGCACAACUCUGGGUGAACCUGGGUGUGAACCUACAGUACAAAAAAAAAAAAACACCUUGCAUUGUCUGGAGAAGGAAAAAAGAUUUGGGGAAAAAAGUCACUGCGAAGGUGAUUUGGGCAAGUCAUGUGACCCUAGGACAGCUGUAGGACUUGAGCACAAUAAUGUUCCUCAUCCAGGCUUGUCGUGUUCUUUCUUUCUCUCAUUCUUUCUUUCUUUCUUUUAUUGCUGUUUAAGAGGCAAAGCCUCGGAGUUGAAUGGUCAUCUGCUUUUGCUCAUGUUAAGUGCUCAGAAAGAAGGACGAUGUCGGGAAGGAGUACUGAGCAUGAGGCCCGUUGUGUCAGAUGAGACAUCCUGUUCAUAUGGGACCAUGCGUGCAAUAUCAUGGUUCAAUUGGGCUCCAAGAAUUAUUGAACAUCCAACCAACACAGAUGAAUACCCAGUUUUUGUUUUUAUAAACAGCAGGCUCACUUCUCGUUUCCUGCACAAAAGUAGGCUGCGUGAAAUGAUCUGGACAAAUUCAAAGUCAUGACUGUCUGUUUGGUUUGACACGUGGAUACACGCUUGGAGUAGAGAUUGUUUUUUCUUGCUCUAAUUCAUCACUUUUCAACAUUUUAUUGUGCCAAAUAUCCAGCAAGUGUCUUUGCUUUGUAUCACGUGCCACUUGCCACUUAUGAAGGUUUACUAAGGAUCUGAAACUUCAGACAUCUUUAUAGAAUGUGUUAACCUUCAUCACUGAUGUUUAGACUGGCAUAAUAAAUAGAAUACGAUUUGUCUGAGGAAACUCAAAAUAAGGUAUACAUAGUAUAUAUACUGUAUAUAUACUAAUGCAUACCUUAAAUAUGAUGUAGAGUAAUGAUUUAUUGUCAAAUAAGUUGGUUAUAUUUGGCACUUUAUCAUUAUAACAUUUAACCAGGUUUUUUAGUGAGCAAAAGUGCUGCUAUCAGUUGGAAUAUAAUUUCUCUUAUAUGGGAAAUGCAGAACUUUUAGUAGCAUUGCAAGCUAGCAUUAGGUUGUAGCAUCAGCAUGGUAAAUAUUUUAGCUUGAAGCUAAUUAAAAAUCGCAUGACAGGAAUCGGAUGGAAAUGUGGUAGAUUUUAUGGUUUUUCUCAAAGGUUGUGGAGAAAAUAUGUAGCAGAAAAAGUGUCCCAGUUGUUCACUGCAAUACUGAUGUAGUGUUUGUCAAACAGGAGUCAUGUCUGUAUGUUAAGAGUCAAUGAGUCAAAGAGCAGUAACCUAUUUGCCAUGUCAGUUUGCAUAUUUGUGGAAACAAGGAGCCAUCUAACGCAGGUGAACAUCUGCACCCUUAAGGCUUGACAAAACAUUUUGAGUAUUGAAGAUUUGUUAGUACAGAAAUCAUGAAACUGUGAGGUGUCUUGCUUAAGAUUAACAUUCAGUAUUUUUUUGUACCAAGAACAAAGGGAUCUUGGUGAAGUUACACCCUACUGCAUUCACAUUUUCUCUUGAGUAAAACAUCUAUUAUGUAAAGACAGAAAAAAGCAAUAUCACGCAGUGGUGUUCUGUUCACAUCCAUUAAGGUGUGUCAUAUCCUGCUUCUUCAAAGAGGAAAUGUCAAACUUAUGAUUAUAAUGCUGUGAAGUCGUGUUUGUCUUUGGGAUAGCAGUGUGCUUGAAAGUGCUUACAGUUGACCUGGUCCAAAACAAGCUUCAGGAAACUUAAUCCUCUUUGAAAUUAUGUCAGCUAUGGUCUUUGUCUGUAUAAGGAUGUUUGCUUCGUUUUUCUUCUCCGUCGGCUGUGUGGCUCUGUCGGUUUGUCCUUUCUAGGACCAUAUUUCCUCUUCAUGUGAAGUGUGAAAGGUCCAGGGCUGGUCUGUGAGGAGUCUGAAUGCCAUAAGAUUAAGGAAAUGCUAAAAUAGCAGAUAGUAUUCUUUGUCAUUAGCAAGCAACACCAGCGUCUUUUUGUGCUUACCCAAUAAUGUUAAUAUCUCUCACUUGAGUAGACACACAAGGCAUUUUUAGAUGCAUUGCAUUGUAUCUUGAGAAAAAUAGAAUUUUUCUUGAUUUCAAACACAUCUGAAGCAAAUGGGAAAAUGUGUUGAUUGUUCAUAACAUUUUGAAAAUAAUUAAAAUGUCACAAAAUGUUGAAAUAGUAAUAGGGCUAGGACUAUAAAGGCAUUUGUUUACUGCAACGAGUGACGAUAGUGAAUCUUUGGCUUUGAAUCUUUGAUAUCGCAAGGUCAAUUUAUAAAGGCAGUGAAAAUAUCACAAAUCAUCUAUGUGCAGGCAGUACUAGCGGCCGUAAGAACAGAAUCACAUGAAUGUUAAUGAAUUAAGAGCAUCUAAGUGAGGCACCAAACUAGCUCUGUGUUGUAUUGUUAUUCUUUGUUUAUACUUUUGAAUGACAAAUGUUUGUAAAGCACUUGCUAGCUCUAAUUUGUAUUGGAUCAGGAGUAGCCAACACUGGCGUAUUCUGCACUGUUUAUACACUUCUGCAGCUCUGAAUGAACCAAGACAGUUCAAUUGCCAUAUUAGUGAACUAAUUCACAAACACUAACUCAUUUUUGAAGACAAAAGAACACAAAACCAAUGCUCAAUUUAUGCCAGUGGGAUACAGCAUUGAUGAAUGUGUAGGCCCAGUAACAUUGUGUUCACGCCAUGAGUUUUAAGCAUCUAGGGAAAAAAAGACAUGGAUUUAAAAUUUUAUAUUUUAUAUCUCAGAUGUUGCACUGUUUUUCUACAGUCAGUGCUAUGUUUCUCUUAAAGGAAAUCUGCAGAUAAUUUAUUUAAAGACUCAAAAAUUCAUAGUAUGGAGACUUUGUCACUAAAAUACAUUACACAAUUCGAAGCCUUAAUAUCUAGCAUACUACCCAAUGUUAAUGACCUUAAAAGAGAAUUCUGGUGGUUUUUCACAUAGAUCUCUGUUUUCUCAAGGUCACUGAGUACUGUCGGGAUGAAAAAAAAAACCCUAAAGCAAUCGGUUCUACCUACAGUACUGUAGCUCGAGUUGCUGCAGCCAACAGCUAGAGCUGUGAGGCAGCUACAGUACACGCUGGGGGCGUGAACAUGGGGGCUCAAGAGCUGAUUGCUUUCAGGGUUUUUUUUCCGUACCAUUCAGGAUUGUAAUACAGUGGAGGAGCAGAUUUAAAAAAAGCCUUUUGUGGUUUAAAAUGUCAAAAUGUCGAGUACAUGCUUUCAGCUCCUUGCUCUUGGUCUUCUCAUGACGUUGCUGUACACUGUCAUAUUUACUAUGUUGUCCUAAGAGUACAUCUUUACAGGUGGAAGACACUGUUUUCUGUUUGUUGUCACAAGCCACUGAACAUAUCAUUAACCUCAAGCCGAGGUAUGCGAUAUUCAAAUCAAAAACAUGUUUUUGAAUUGGAAGCUGUGAUUUAUUUUUUAGAAGAUGCACUACUACUAUACAAUUUUUUGGAUCAUUAUUAUAUUGUAGAUGUACAGUAUAUUUGAAACAUGAAUAUAUAUUACAAAAACAAUGUCAUUGUUCAGUAAUGCACAAUUUCCAUGUGUUGUUCCUUUGGU